AUGCGCGCCAUGUCCGUGCAAUUUCAGGUACCGGCCGGACUGAAAAGGCCCAGCGGCGCUACUGCGAAAAACAGUGGGUGCGGCGCUGUCGUACCACCAGGAACCUCCUCCAACUGGGGCGGGCGGAGCGCUGGAGCAACCCACCCGCCUCAGGGUCAGGGGACCGGCCUGGCCUGA